GUCAGAGCGGCGGGAGUCCCAGUUCUGGCGUCUAGGGCUUGCGUGUUGCCCGUGCGAGGCGCGCGUUCGGUCCGUAAACUUGUCAUGGUUCGUAAGGCCCGAGGACGAGCGCCGGGUGGUGGCUGAGGGCUGGGAGGACGCGUGGUGUUUCCCGUUGCACCGACGUGGAUGCCUCGUUCUCAGGUGUGCAGCGAAGAGCCUUCUGCUCUUUGGCCCUUGUCCACCUGCGGUCGCUCCGGUCUUUGACAGCAUUAAAUGCCUCCUAGGUGCAAAGUUUACCAGCCGGGGGUCCAGGGCUGAAAAGAGUGGCUAUGGCGAGCAUCACCCAGCUAUUCGAUGACCUCUGCGAAGCUCUUUUACCUGCUGCCCAGGCUCGCCCGGGCCAGCGCAGCGUGAACAGGAAGAGGGCAAAAUUGAGCCUUAAGAGGGUAGCCUACAAUGCUCUAUUCGCUAAUCUUUUUCAAGAAGAGACUCAUCAGCGGCAACCUGACUUAUCGAAGCUGCCAGUGAAAAACAAGAUCCUCAUGCUGUCCUUCGAUUUGAGGGUGAGCGGCUUGGGGCCGGAGGCCGACCGUUUGGAGGAGCUUGUGGAGAAGCUAGAAGCAGCCCCUGACUGUCCUUUUGUGGAGGUGGGGUCGGUGUUGGACCUCUUGGUUCAGCUGGCAGGGAGCGGCCCCCCUCAAGUGCUGCGGAGGAAACGCGAUUAUUUCUUUAACAACAAGCACGCAGGCAGAAACGUACCCUACAGCGGCUACGACUGUUACGACCUCAGUGUGUUUGAGAUGGACGUUCAGUCACUUAUUUCUGGUGAGGAGUAUUUGUGUCAUAACACAGUCCAGGAAGCACUUCAGGUGAUGGAGGCUGCCCCAGGCACUGGCCUGCCCACCUUGGGGCGCUUCUCAAUUGGUGACUCCGGUGGUGACAGGUUUGAGAGAGACACCCGGGUCUCACUCUUUGGUGCACUUGUGCACAGCCGGACAUGUGACAUGGAUGUGCGACUGGACCUGCCCCCAGUGCCAGACAGCGCAGACUUCUCUGGACUGGCGAUUAAGGUCCCACAGAUGGUGGAUCAGUGGGAAGAUGAAGGGUUCCAGUCAGCUUCCAAUUUAACUCCUGACUCCCAGUCGGAACCAAGCAUGACCCCGGAUUUGGACCUGUGGGAAGCUGUGCUCACAUAUGAGGCCAGCAAGCGGAGAUGCUGGGAGCGCAUUGGAUGGCCCCCUGGUCACCGAGAGGAGCCCUACCUCACUGAGGCAGGGAGGGCUGCCUUUGACCAGUUCUGCAGACUUCAUCAAGGGGAGCUGCAGGCCCUCAGUGGGGGCCUACUGCAGGCCGCCAAGCCCGUGCUGGUGGAGGAGAGUGAGCUGGUGAAAGACUCACUGAACGUUCUGCUGGGCAUUGUUUCUGCUACGUUUUCCCUUUGCCAGCCAACUCAAGCCUUCGUGGUGGAGCUGGGAGUCCAUGUGUCAGGUACGUCUCCUGAGAGUAUCAGCAGCAUCCUUUCAGAGGUGGCGGAGUAUGGAACCUACUACACACGCCUGAGCCACUUCUCUCUGCAGCCUGUCGUAGGCUCCUUGUGUCGGAGGGGCCUUGUGUUCCAGGCCUUCACCAGUGGCCUUAGAAGGUACUUGCAGUAUUACCGGGCCUGUGUUCUCUCCACUCCGCCCACCCUGAGUCUCCUCACCAUUGGCUUUCUCUUCAAGAAACUGGGCCGGCAGCUCAGGUACUUGGCUGAGCUUUGUGGUGUUGGCCCUGUAGCCAUGGCAACCAGUGGAGAACCCAGGGCCGUGUUCCCCACCGGAGUGAAGCUUCUCUCCUACCUCUACCAGGAGGCCCUGGAUAAUUGUAGCAAUGAGCACUACCCUGUGUUGCUGUCCCUGCUGAAGACCAGCUGUGAGCCCUACACACGGUUCAUCCACGACUGGGUGUACAGUGGAGUCUUCAGAGAUGUUUAUGGGGAGUUCAUGAUCCAAGUUAACCAUGAGUACCUGGACUUCAGAGACCAGUUUUACUGGACCCAUGGCUACGUGCUCAUUUCCAAAGAGGUGGAGGACUGUGUUCCUGUAUUCUUGAAACACAUUGCCCAUGAUGUAUAUGUCUGUGGGAAGACCAUCAACCUGCUGAAGCUCUGCUGUCCCCGGCACUACCUUUGCUGGUCUGAUGUCCCUGUCCCUCGGAUCUCCGUGGUUUUCUCUCUUGAGGAGUUGAAGGAGAUUGAGAGGGACUGUGCUGUCUAUGUUGGGCGGAUGGAGAGAGUUGCACGUCAUAGCUCCAUCAGCAAGGAGGAGAAGGAAUUGCGUAUGGAAAUUGCAAAACAAGAACUUAUUGUCCAUGCCCGGGAAGCAGCAGCCAGGGUCCUGAGUGAGCUGAGUGACCGGCAGAAGUCAGAACAGAUGGCUCUGGACACCCGGAAGCGAGAACAGUUUCAGAGGCUGAAGGAACAGUUUGUGAAGGAUCAGGAGCGACGCCUGGCAGCCAGACAAGAGGAGCUAGAUGAUGACUUCAGCUAUGCCCGGGAGCUCCGUGACCGUGAGAAGAGGCUAAAGGCGCUGGAGGAAGAGCUGGAGAGGAAGGCCAGGCAGGCGCUGGUUGACCAUUAUAGCAAGUUGUCUGCAGAGGCAGCUCGUCGAGAGCAGAAGGCUCUGUGGAGAAUCCAGAGGCAUCGGCUGGACAAUGCACGGCUUCGUUUUCUCCUGGAAGACGAGAAGUGCAUUCAGGAGAUGCUGAAAGACAAGGAGGCUCACCAGCCCCAGGAGCCAGUCACAUCUCCAGGUCCUGAGCAUGUAGAUGAAGGCCAUAGCUGUGACCUGGGGUCCACCGAGCUGCAUUGGGAUUGUCUAAGCCCACCAAGUGCAUCAGUCUUCAAGUCUGUUGCAGAGGGAGCUGUUGGCUCUGAAGCUGAACAGGCAGAGGGAACCGGACCAUUCUCCACUGGUCUUAGCAUCACAGACUUUCUGCCCACGGGUCCUGGGGCUGAACAGCCUGUGGAUAACACUGGAGCUCCCCUCUUAGAGGUGGCACUACAGACCAUAUGCUCAGACAUAUCCCCUAUAACUCCUGGGCCGGCACUCAUAGCUGCUGGCCCCCCGCCUGCCCAGUCAGAGUAUGAUUUCAAUACCAUCCUGAGGCCCGCUGUGGCUCCCUCCUCUUCACCAGGGCCCUUCCAGAAUGUCCCGAAUAGCUUGGACAGUGAAAAGCAGCAUCUAUGGGGAGACAUGCCCACAAAACUGGGUGCAUGUGCUCAUGACAUGCAAGAGACUUUGCCUUGCCUAUAUCCACUCAAGCAUGUCACUCCUGAGGAGGGGAGCUUCCAGCCUGUGGGGCAGCUCCUUCAGCACACGUCAGAGACCGCUGUCCCUACAGAGAGCUUCACCUCUGGAAUGGCUCCUUGCCAGCAACUUAGCAUUUCCAAACAUGUGUCAGAUGCCAACAUCAAGGUGGGGGAUUACAUGUCAGAUGUGGCUCUUCCUCGGCCACGAUGGAACACCCAUGGACAUGUGUCAGAAGCCAGCAUUAAGGUAGGAGACAAUGUGUCAGAUGUGACUCCAUCUAGACCACGGUGGAAUAUUCACGGACACGUGUCAGAUGGCAGCAUCAAGAUUGGGGAGAAUGUGUCAGAUGUGGCUCCUUCUCGGCCACGGUGGAAUAUUCAUGGACACGUGUCAGAUGCCAGCAUCAAGGUUGGAGACAAUGUGUCGGAUGUGGUUCCUUCUCGGCCACGGUGGAAUAUUCAUGGACACGUGUCAGAUGCCAGCAUCAAGGUUGGGGAGAAUGUGUCGGAUGUGGCUCCUUCUAGACCACGGUGGAAUAUUCAUGGACACGUGUCAGAGGCCAGCAUCCGGAUUGGGGACAGUGUGUCAGAUGUGGCUCUUCAACCACAUGGAAGUACUCAGCCUCUGCUGAUUCUGGAGGAGCCCCUGCCAGAAGCUGACCCUGACCUACCUGAGCCCGAUGGCUGCUCCCCUGCCCAUGUGUCCCAAUCAGUCCUUAGUGUGGAAGCACAGAGCUCUGCUGUAGCAUGUGGGCCACAAGUUCCUGGAGACACGAAGCCUACCAUCUGUUCUAGCCCUGGCAGCGCAGAGGAAGGUAGCCAAUGGACCACGCCCCCCAUUGUGGAUGAGCCUAGCACGCUGGGAAAUGGCAUCCUGGAAGAGGCAGGCCCAGGAAGUAGGGGUGCUGAAGACCUCUCUCCAAGUUUGCCUCCAAGCUCACAGGAAGACACAGCUGUCCCCAGGAGUCCAGGGCCUUGUGAGGAGGUAUCGGACACAGAGGCUGACAUCAGACGCUGGGGCAAGGAACAAGCCUAUUUGGCAGACCUCACAAAGUUAUACCACCUGGAGCAGUACCCAGACAGCUAUGAAUCCAUGUCAGAGCCUCCUGUUGCUCACCUGGUACACCACAUGCUUCCCCGGGCCUUUGCUUUCCCCGUUGACUCCCAAGUUCAGUCAGCGGUAGAUGAGACUGCGGUGCAGCUAAGUGAACUGCUGACGUUGCCUGUGCUUAUGAAGCGUUCCCUCACGGCGCCUCUGGCUGCCCAUGUCACCUUGGUGAACAAAGCUGCAGUUGACUACUUCUUUGUGGAGCUGCACCUGGAGACCCACUUUGAGGCACUGCGGCAUUUCCUGCUGAUGGAAGAUGGAGAGUUCGCUCAGUCCCUUAGUGACCUGCUCUUUGAGAAGCUAGGGGCUGGGCAGACGCCUGGAGAGCUGCUCAACCCAUUGGUCCUUAACAGCAUCCUGAGCAAGGCACUGCAGUAUAGCCUCCAUGGAGAUACCCCACAUGCUACCAACCUGUCUUUUGCCCUCAAAUACCUGCCUGAAAUGUUUGCUCCUAAUGCCCCUGAUGUGCUGAGCUGCCUGGAGCUCAGGUACAAGGUUGACUGGCCCCUCAACAUUGUUAUCACUGAGAGCUGCCUGAACAAGUACAGCGGGAUCUUCUCCUUCCUGUUGCAGUUGAAGCUCAUGAUGUGGACACUCAAAGACAUCUGCUUCCACCUCAAGCGCACAGCCCUAGUGAGCCACACCGCUGGCUCAGUGCAGUUCCGGCAGCUGCAGUUAUUUAAGCACGAGAUGCAGCAUUUUGUGAAGGUCAUCCAGGGCUACAUUGCUAACCAGAUCCUGCAUGUCAGCUGGUGUGAGUUCAGAGCCCGUCUAGCUGUAGUGGGUGACCUGGAGGAGAUCCAGCGGGCCCAUGCUGAGUACCUGCACAGGGCUGUUUUCAGGGGCCUACUGACAGAGAAGGCAGCACCAGUCAUGAACAUCAUCCACAGCAUCUUUAGCCUGGUACUCAAGUUCCGAAGCCAGCUCAUCUCUCAGAACUGGGGCCCGGCUACUGGUCCUCGAGGUGCUGAGCACCCCAACUUCCCACUCAUGCAGCAGUCCUACAGUACCUUCAAAUACUACUCCCACUUCCUCUUCAAAGUAGUGACCAAGCUGGUGAACCGUGGCUACCAGCCCCACCUGGAGGACUUCUUGCUUCGCAUCAACUUCAACAACUACUAUCAGGACUCCUGAGGACAGACAGGAUCACGGUGCUGCAUCCCUGUUUGACCUGGCUGGGGUGGGGUCAGAGCAGUGACCACAGAGAUAGACUUGUAAAGGCUGCUUUAUUUAGAGGCCUGGGAGAUUCAACAGGUAUCAGGCCCA